AUGAAUAUGGAUGAAGUAACAGAACCAGUUGAAGAAGUAUCACAAAUAGAUUUACAAGAACAAUUGAAUACAGCUAAAGAAGAAAUUCAAAGUUUAACUCAACAACUUAACUGUCUUCUUCUAAUAGCAAAAAAUGCCUGGCAUGGUGAUGAAACAGCUACUGCACAUUUAGCUCGAGUCAUUGGUCUUGACCCUGAAAUUGAACGACAUCCUUUUUUUGAAAAGAAAACAACAACACGUUCUUCGGCAAAAAAAACAGUAAAAAUUGCCGAUGAUGAUGAAAUUGUAUCAAAACAAACAUUAAGUCUUGCAAGUUCAACAACAAGUCAAGAAAAUCUACAAGAACAACCAGUACAUGUUCAAGCGGCUGUUCGAAAUACAUAUCUUCAACCGUUUCUUAAACAAAGUCAUAUUGAUCCAAUACGAGGACAAAAUUCUAGACGAAUUUUUAAUAAUAUGGUUCGACAUCAUCAAAAUGAAAUGCGUAAACCACCAAUUAUUGCAAAUCGAAAUUCAUCAGCAAGUGUUCGACCUCGUGCAACAAAACAUCUUUAUCGACCAGCUUCUGCUGAACAUAUUGUACGUCAUCUUGGUAGUCCAUUGAGUCGUGCAAAACCUUAUUUUGUUUUUGCUGGAAAAGAAUUUUUUCAACGAACAACUAAUUAUUCACCGUUAUAUCAACGAGCACUUGUUACUUCGAAUGGGUCACGUCAAUCAGAACAUUCUGAUCUUUCUGAUGAAUCAGAGGUUAUACCAUCACCAACAACUGAACCAAUCAUUGCACGUCCACAAACAGCUAAAUCUACGCAACAAUCAUCAGCACUGCGUUUUGCUACACAUUCGACGACUACCUUGAAUCGUACAAGAGCAUCAUCUACUCUUAGUAAUUCAUCAACUACGAAAGUGAAACAAAUAAGUGAACGUGAACGACGUGAUGCAAUGCGACUUCAACGACAACUUAACUUACCUCGACAUGGUUGGCUUAAUCAACAUUCUUGA